AUGGGAAUCAUGGUGCUCAUUGCCGCGCUCAACAUAGCUUCAAUCAUUCAAACUUUCCUCAUUUACCAGCCUCUUGCGACAAAAUGGGACCAGGAUCUUCCCAACCUGAAGCCAAGACCAGUAACUUGCUGCUCCUACGACAACGCGAUGUAUCUCUCCCGGGGCGGAUUUGACUGCGUCAAUAAUGUCGUGCUUGCUGAUACGUGA